AAUAAUUGUAAUUUAAAAGGGACCUUGACCCGCGCUGUGAGUCAUUCUUGGCUGUCCAUCGAAAUUGAACGCAGCAAGUGUGAUAGGUACCUUUUCACUGGCGGUUUAUUUAGUAGUUUCAUAUUGUGUUGAAUUUUAGAUUUAUUAAGGGAUCUUAGAUAUAAUUUAGUUUUAUUUAUAUAUAUACAUUUAGUUAAAUGUUUUUAACGCUUAUCUAUGUAUUUAAAUUUCAGACCGAAAAAUGGAGCUACAAAAAAAAACUGUGUUCAGUCAUAUUUGACGAAAUGUCUUUAGAGGCUGGCUUGUCUUAUGACAAAAACAAAGAUAAAAUUAAUGGGUUAGUAGAGCUUGGCGAGAGAAAAAAUGAUUUCGCUGAUCAUGCCCUCGUGUUUAUGUUGAGAGGAGCUGUCCACAAGUGGCAGCAGCCAAUAGCCUUUUAUUUUUGCCAAGGCGCUACUAAAGGCACAGAAUUAAAAAGUAUACUCGUGGAUAUUAUCACAGCGGUUGUAGGAUGCGGGUUAAAGCCGAUAUCCCUUAUUUGCGACCAAGGGUCAGCUUUCCAAGCGGCUCUAAAUUGCCUGAAGGCUGACACAGCGCGUGACCAAUUACUGACAAAUCAGGAACCAGAUGGCACAGUAACAAUAAACGAAGUCAAACUGAUGGUUAUAUUCGACCCUCCUCAUCUUAUUAAAGGAUUGAGAAAUAAUUUUUUGAAUAAAGACAUUUCCUUUGAAGGAAAAUUAUCCACAUGGAGAGACAUCGUGGAUGUAUACGAAACGGACUGCAAUAAUAUGGAAACAAGAAUGCUGCAUAAGUUAAAUGACCAGCAUGUGAUACCUGAAAAAAUUAAAAAGAUGAAGGUCAAGAACUGUGUAAAAGUAUUUAGUUACACACUGUCUUCGGCUCUAUCUUACACAGCCAACUUCUCUCACUAUGCGGACGGCAGACCUGUGAGUGAAACAUUAAGAAACACUGCUGAAACAGUUUUGUUCUUUGAUAAAUUGUUUGAUAGCAUCAACGGAUCAGCAACCUAUUCACAAAAGAAAGGAAAAGAGCUACGCUGUGCAGUGACAGAAAAAUCUAAGCACCAUGAAUUUUGGCCGGAGAGCAUCGAGAAACUGGAAAAAAUUAAAUAUGUAGAUUCCAAGGGAAAUCCGAAAUCCGUGCCUUCCUUAAAAAACUUUAUUGCCACGGUAAAAACAUUCAUGAAGCUGUGGCAGUUUUUUAAGAGCAAAAAUAUGACAAUAAUGCGCCCAAGGUUCUUCAAUUCAGAUCCAAUUGAAAACUUCUUUGGCCAAGUCAGGGCCUAUAAUUAUAGGAACAACGACCCCAACUGCCACAGUUUCAAGAACACCUUUAAAUCAUUAUUGAUUACUAGAAUGAUAAAGUUUCAUGGUGACGCUUAUAAUUGUGAGGAUGACUCGGCAGACCAAAUAAUUAAUUUAAAAUCAUUAUUUGAAGAUAGUGAAACUGCUAGGGUCGAGCCGGGUCAUCCCAAAGUAGGAGAUGUAGAAGAUACUGUAGAAGAGGCCCAACGGGAGCAACUAAAUGUUCUCCAUUCGCGAGCGUACACUGCUGGAUGGGUGGUAACAAAAACAAUGCAGAAAUAUAAUAAUCAAUGUGACAGUUGCAGAAAAAGCCUUACUACUAAAGAAGGCGCAAUCCACAAAUGGAUUCAUCAAAGAGAGUAUGAUGCCGCCACGAAACGCCUUACUUACCCAUCCAGAGGUGCUGUUCGGUGUUUCGGUACAAUUAUUAAAGAAACAAACGGAUUCUUGGAACACCGAGCCCAUGAAUUAAAUCUGACGGCCAAAAUUAUGGAAAAAAUUUUGUUCAACAAUCCAUUUAGUUUCUUUAAAUGUACCACACACCGUGAAAUUUUGUCAUAUUUUAUUUCCGUGACAGUAAAGUUCUCGAUUACAAAUUGGUGCAAUAACAUUAAUAAAAUAUUAAAAGGAACGGAUAUUGUGCGGAUAAAAAACCGCACUUUGCCUGCGAUGCAGCAGAAAGCUUUUUUAAAAUAUAAGAAAAGACUGAGGAAUAAAUCGUUUAAUAAAUAAAAUUGUGUUUUAUUUAAAUUAUUGCGACAAGUGUAGUUCCCGGCAUUUAAAUUGAACACUGACUCAAU